AUGGGCAUCCCAUCCGUCUUCAACCAGACCCACGUCGAUGCCUUCUACGACUACAUCGGCUUCCCAGCUGGCCUGCGACAGCACCGUCCACUGGAAGACCCUGCCAAAGACAUUCACUUCCUCACACAGCUCCACGUCUACAUGAUUGCAGCUGUCCCGUACGAUAACCUCUGGCUUCACUACAACCCCGCUCACAAAGUCGACAUCACCCCUCUCGGCAACUUUGACAAGGUGGUCGCACAAGCUCGAGGUCGCGGCAGUUACUGCAUGGGCAACCAUGUCCUUCUUAACCACAUCCUUCGCUUCUUGCAGUUUCCCGUUUACCUUGGGCCCGCCCGAACCAGGCCACGAGUUGACUCCAUUCCGCAAGGCGAAUUUCCUGGCUGGAUCCACCUUGUGAACAUCAUCACGCUCUCUGACGGCCAGGUGUGGACCAUGGAUGUUGGCUUUGGUGGCGAUGGUCCAACAAAGCCCAUGCCGCUGGUUCACGGUCAGCCGCAGGUCAACCUUGGUGGCCAGGAGGUGCGCCUCAUCCAUGAUUGGAUUCCCACCCAGUUACAUCGCACAGAAGCGAGCAAACUGUGGAUAUACGAGUACCGCAAUGGGAAAGACAAGCCAUGGAAUUCGUUCUAUGCUUUCUCGGAAACAGAGGCAAUGGAGGCCGACUUCCACGUCAUCAACCACUUCACCGGAACGAGCCCGGACAGUCAUCACACUAUCACGCAGCUGCUUGUCAAAUUCCUCAGAAGAGAGAUGGAAGACGGCUCUGGUGAUCAGGAGAUCUACGGCAAGCGCAUGUUGGUCAAUGAGGUGGUGAAAGAGAAUCUCGGCGGUAGGACCAAAAUUGUAGAGGAGUGCAAGAUAGAGGAAGAUAGAGUAAAGGUACUCAAGGAGUGGUUCGGCAUAACGUUGACCGAAGAAGAAAAACAAGCUAUCAAGGGCACAGCAACGGAGCUCAAGUAA